GACGUCACUGAUCACGUGGUUUUGCCAAACGAAUCAAGCAUCGGCACAGAGUUUCUGCAGCGCUGUGUUGUUUUUUUGAUACAUGCUCCGGAGUUUCAGCUUCAACCAGUCCAUCACUAUUGUUUACUCAUUGGCAGAUGGAACAAUACCACAUGCGUUGCUUGACCUUAUGAAGACAGGGGUCGGUUCGGUUCGACCCGGUUCGAUGGAGGUCCAGACGCCCGCUGUGCUUAACGUGGUGCCUCCGUACGGACACAUUAUCGCCAGCGAUAGAUGAAGAAACUCGACACUUCUUCACAAGCUAAAGGGAGCAGGUGUGAACGUCCUGUUUGAGGAUGAGCUCGGGGAAGAUUUCCACCUGCCGAACAAGAGCUGCGUCCUCUACGUGUCCGAAUGUGACGUCAUAGCAGGAAACGGCUACAGGCGGAAGCUGGUUCGCUUCAGAAAUGGCUGCAGCAGUUUCCAGCAGCUGGUGCUGGUGGAAAACACCGCCCUGACGGAGCACUACUUUCCCGCUGUGCAGAGGUUUGUGGUGUUUGACCUCGGCUUGGUUCUGCUGCCGGUGUGUGGACAGACGGACGCCUCGCAGCUCCUCGCUCACAUGGUGCACGGCGACGGCAGAGAGAACCCCUUCAGGAGGAGGCCUCCGUCUGGGCUGCUGGAGCCGCUGGUCCUCGCGCUGGUGCAGCACUUUCCUGGUGUGGGCCCAGUCAAAGCUGUGGCACUGCUGCAGCACUUCCCCAGCAUCCAGCAGCUCUGCAGCGCCGGCCCUGCAGAGCUGGAGCCCCUCGUGGGUCCGGCUGCUGCUCAACAAAUCCACAGCUUGUUCCACGGUUAAACUGCUGCUGGAAGCUGAAGCUGCUCAGCAAAGUCUGAGGGUUUGGAUCCACCUCAGAUGAUGUGUGCUGCUGCGAGUGAGCAGCAUGUUCACAUUCACUCGCUCCAGGAUGCACUGUGCACUUUUCAGUUUGGACUUGUUGUAUCAACAGUGAAUAAAUCUGUUAUUUGUAGUGUCA